AUGAGCCCUGCCGAAACCGCCAACGGCGUGAGCCCUACUACUCCACACAUCAACGGAGUUAACGAUGUCAACGGUAUCAACGGUGUCCACAGUGUCGACGGCGUCAACGGCGUCAAUGGCGUCCAAAAACCAAAGACAGAGCCAUUGGCCGUCGUGGGCAUGGCAUGCCGCUUCGCCGGUGGCAUCACCAGCCCGGACAAGCUCUGGGACUUGGUAUCCUCCGGCCGCGAUGCUUGGUCCGAGGUACCCAGUAACCGGUUCAACCAGAAGGCCUUCUACCACCCCGAUAACCAGAGGUUAACAACUAUGUCCAUGCAAGGGGGGUUCUUCAUAGACCAGGACCCAGGAGUGUUUGACUGCUCCUUCUUCAACCUCACCGCCGACGCGGCCGCCGCCAUGGAUCCCCAGAUCCGGAUGCAGCUCGAAGUGACAUUCGAGGCUCUCGAGAGUGCCGGCAUCACUCUCUCCAAAGCGGUCGGCUCCAACACAUCCGUCUACACCGGCGCCUUCACAAAAGACUACCACGACCUGCAGGUGCGCGACUCCCUACACGCGGCGCGCGGGUUUGUGACGGGCAACUACGCCGCCAUGCUGGCCAACCGCAUCUCCCACUUCUUCGACCUCCGGGGUCCCAGCACAGCCGUCGACACGGGCUGCUCAACAUCCCUGAUGGGCCUGCACCUGGCGUGCCAAAGCCUGCGAGCGGGCGAGUCGGACUGCGCCAUCGUCGGGGGCGCAGCCCUAAACCUGAACCCGGACGCCUUCACAAACCUGUCGGCGAUCCAGACAUGCGGGCCGGAAGGCAAGUGCUACGCGUUCGACCACCGCGCACAGGGCUACGGCCGGGGCGAGGGCAUCGCUGCGGUUGUGGUUAAGCGGCUGUCGGACGCGCUCCGCGACGGCGACCCCAUCCGCGCCAUCGUGCGCGAGUCGGCCGUCAACCAGGACGGCCGCACGCCGACCAUCACGGCCCCUUGCGAGCACGCACAGAGCCGCCUGAUCGAGCACUGUUACAGGAUAGCAGGGUUGGACCCGCUCGAGACGUCGGUGGUGGAGGCGCACGGGACCGGCACCAAGGUCGGCGACCCGGCCGAGGCGAGGGCCAUUGGCGAGGCGCUCGGCCGUCACAGGGCGGCUGCCGGCAUGCCGCCGCUGUACGUGGCUUCGGUCAAAACCAACCUGGGCCACACGGAAGCGGCGUCGGGCCUGGCGGGGCUGAUCAAGAUGGUCCUGUCGCUGGAGCACCGACAGAUCCCGGCCAGUCUCAACUUCCAGAGGGCCACCCCGGAGGUCGACAUGGCGGCGUUGCCAAUCACGGUCCCUACCACCCUCGAACCAUGGGAGACGCCGUCCGGCAUCCGGCGCGCCUCCCUCAACAACUUCGGCUAUGGCGGCACCAACACGCACAUAAUCCUGGAAGAAGCCGCCGGCCGCCUCCCGCCCACAUCCUCCCUCACCACCACUACCACCACCACCCCCGGCCGCCACCUCUUCAUCCUCAGCGCGCGCGACAAAGCAGGCGUGGCCAAAGUCGCCGCCAACCUACACCACCACCUCGACCAACACCGGGACAUCUCCCUCCCCCACCUCGCCUACACGCUCGCCGAGCGCCGCACCCGCUUCCCCUGGACCUGGACCACCUCAGCCGCCACCACCACCGAGCUCCUCACCGCCCUCAGCGACACCACCACCACCACCAACCCCCCCACCACCCCCUCUACCAGCACCCCCCCGCGCAUCGGCCUCGUCUUCACAGGCCAAGGCGCGCAAUGGCACGCGAUGGGCCGCUCCCUCGCGGCCGCCUACCCCAUCUACGCCCAAACCCUCGCGGAAUGCGACCGGGCUCUGCAAUCUCUUCGGCAGCACCUGAUGGGUGAGGGGGGGAUGGGGACCAUGAUGGCGGUGGGGUUGAUGGUGGAGGAGGUGGGGGGGUAUUUGAGGAGGGUGGAGGAAGAAAGGGUAGGGAGGGUGGUGGUGGCGUGUGUGAAUAGUCCCGCGAGCGUGACGCUGUCGGGGGAUGUUGAGGGUCCAGGCGGCGUAUCACUCGCAUCAUAUGCUUCCGUUGGAGGAGCAGUAUCGGGCGGCGCUGGAGGAGCACAUGGAUACGGAGGGGGAGCGGGCAUUCGCGCUGGUGUGCGUUUCUUCUCUCCCGUGACUGGCGAGGUGGUUGAGGAUGCCAACACGCUCGGUCCGGGACACUGGGUGGAAAACAUGACGCAGCCGGUGCUCUUCGCGCAGUCGUUCCAGGCCAUGGUGGCGGCGGGGGGCCAACAGCAGGUCGACAUGGUGGUUGAGGUUGGUCCUCACAGCGCCCUUGCCGGCCCCAUCCGCCAGAUUUUGAGAGGCGUGCCGGCGCUCAAGACGUUUAACAUUGGGUACGGCUCCUGUCUCGAGCGCGGCACCGAUGCGGUGCGCACUUUCCAGACCUUGGCCGGGGCUCUCGUGUCGAGGGGCUACCCGGUCGAUACCCUGCGGCUCAACGCCCCUCGCGGACAGGAGGGGCUCCGGGCACUGGCCGGUCUCCCGUCCUACCCCUGGAACCACAGCCAGCGGUUCUGGCACGAACCCCGCGAGAGCUAUGAACAUAGGUUCCGGCCGUACCCGCUGCAUGACCUGCUGGGGGCGCGGCUGGCGGGAGCAAGCGACGGCUCGCCCAUCUGGAAGCACCUCAUCCGUACUGGGGAGCUGCCGUGGGUCCGCGACCACGUCGUGCAGGGGGAUGCCGUGUAUCCGGCGGCCGGGUUCAUCGCCAUGGCUAUCGAGGCGGUGCGCCAGCUCCACAGCUCCGAGGCCGGAAGCAUCUCUGGAUACCUGCUCGGCGAUGUCGAGAUCCUCAAGGCGCUGGUCAUCCCGGAGAGCGAGAAGGGCGUGGAGGUGCAACUGUUCCUCGAAGCGCCCAGCGAGAAGAGGCUGGCACAAGGCAAGCGCGUGUUCCGUAUCUACUCGGCCCCGUCUGUGGCGGAGGGAAGCCUGGUCCGAGAUGGCCAAGGGGCACUAUCGCGGGGAGGGGAGGAAUCCAAGUCAACCCUCGAAAUCUGCGACUCGGCGGCGCUGAUGCCAUGCCAGCAUCAACAACCGCAUGUCAUCCACCCCAUCACGCUCGACAACGUCUUCCAAGCCGCCUACACCGCUCUCUCCCCCGAGUCCCGCGAGGCCGUGGGCGCCGCACUACCGACGUCCAUCAAGUCGCUCUACGUUUCUUCCGCCAUCAGCUCCCAGCCGGGGCACCGGUUCGAGGCCUUCUCCCGUGUAAUCCAACGUCACCGCUUGGGUUUCGAGGUUGGCCUGGCCGUCCUCGAGCCCGGACAGACCAAGCCCCUGAUCGAAGUCGACACCAUGGGUUUCACCACCGUCGGUGGGACAGGCAGCGGCAGUGACGGUGACAGCAGUGAGGCAGACGCGGCUCUGGCAGCUGCCUCCAAGAUCUGCUCCUUCAUCAAGUGGGAGCCCAGCGUCGCCCUCAACGACGCCCACACCCAGUGGGCCGAGCGUCUGAAGCGCCCAGCCGACCCCGUUGAGAAGGUCGUCGCGCAGGACCUCACCCGCGCGGGGUACUACCACAUCGCCGACGCGGCGGCGCAGUUGACUGAGGAUGACAUCGCCAACCUGGAGCGGCACCACCAGUCCCUGUGGGCGUGGAUGCAGCUGCAACUGGAGCGGGCCGCAGCAGGAGAGCUCGCGCCCGGCAGUGCGGAAUGGGCGAACACCCCAGCCGAUGAGAAGUCGGCUUUCUUGGACAGCGUGGCGGCGGCAAGCACGAGCGGGGCCCUCACCGUCCGUGUUGGGCGCCGUCUCCUCGAGAUUCUGCGCAGGGAGGUCGCGCCGCUGGAGCUCAUGCUCGAGGGCGGGCUGUUGUACAAGUUCUAUCAACACAUGCUGCGGUUCAAGGCCUCGACCGCCCAGCUGGCCGAGGUGGUGGGCGCCCUUGCCCGCGAGAACCCACGCCUCCGCAUCCUGGAGAUCGGCGCCGCCGCGCGAGAACCCUUCGCCGAGUGGGGUGACCUGAUCAGCUACACGGCGCUGAACGUCGAAGAAGACGCGGCGGCCCAGGGGAUCAUCGAGGGGAGCUACGACGUGAUCAUCGCGGCUCAGGUACUCCACGCCACCAAGAACAUGGCCGUGACGAUGCGCAACGUGCGCAAGCUGCUCAAGGACGACGGCAAGCUGCUGAUGAUCGAGACGACCAAGGACAGCAUCGACGUGCACAUGGUCUUUGGCACGCUGCCGGGGUGGUGGCUGAGCGAGGAGCCCGAGCGCAAGUACAGCCCCAACAUGCCGCUGGCCGUGUGGGAGCCUAUCCUCAAGGGUGCCGGCUUCACGGGCCUUGACCUCAGCGUAUGGGACUGCGAGGACGAGGACCACCAGAUGAUGAACGUCAUUAUGUCGACGGCCAUCCCAGAGACGCCGCCGGCGUAUCCCGACCAGGUGGCGCUCGUGUACGACCAGACGGCGCCGCCCCCUGAGGGCUGGCUCGAGGGUCUUGCGUCCGCCAUCGCCGACACCACCGGUGUGACACCCUCCGUAACCGACCUAGCCACGCUCGAAGUCGAGAACAAAGUGGCCAUCUUCCUCUCCGGGCUCGACGGGAACGGCGUGCAGAACUACCUCGACGACGGCUACUUCGAAGCCAUCAAAUCCCUCCUCCUCAACGUCAAGGGCCUGCUGUGGGUAACCACCGGCUCAGCCAUCGACUGCCCCAUCCCCGAGAACGCACUCCACACAGGAUUCCUACGGACCUGCCGCGUCGAAGACGGCAGCCGACACUUCAUCUCCCUCGACCUCGACCCAGCCCGGCAGCACUUCUCCCCCUCCUCCGCCACCACCACCCACACCACCAUCGCCAAGAUCUUCGCCACCACCUUCAACACCCCCCCAACAACAACAACAAACCCCGCCGACGAAUUCGAAUUCGCCGAACGCGGCACCACCAUCCUCCUCCCGCGCCUCCGCCGCUCCGCCACCGAAAGCGCCGCCUACACCAACACCCCACAGGCCCCCGAACCCCAACCCUUCCCCCACCCCACCCGGCCAGCUCAAGCUCGAAGUGACCAAGCCGGGUCUUCUCGACAGCAUGACGGGCAACAAGAGCGGUGUCCCGGGUGGGCGCGCGAGAGGAGGUUCGCUGCGCUGAGGGACGAGGAUGUUGAUGAUGCGCGUGACUCGGCGGCGGGGAGGAAAGGAGCGUCUGGCUUGGGCGGGUUGAGAGAGCGUCUCGCUGGUGCGCGUGGCGUUGAUGAGGCUGCUGGGUUGGUGGAAGGGGCUAUUAUCGGCAAGCUGGCUGAUAUGUUUGUCAUUCCGGAGCAGGACAUCGAUGCCACGCGGCCGCUGGCAAAGCAUGGGGUGGACUCACUGGUUUCCGUCGAGCUGAGGAACUGGAUUGUUCCCAUGAUGCAGUGCGAGAUGUCCAUCUUCGAGUUGUUGCGUGCUUCUUCUCUCAGGGAGCUGGCCAAGAAGAUCGUAAAGAAGAGCAAGCUGGUUUCUUUUGGCGAUGGGCCGAGUGGGGAAAAUACCUAUAGUCAGCAGUAG